UUCCUUCCGCUUGUUCGUUAUCCCGGUAUCUGGCGCAAGAGCUAUCAUGGCGGUCAGGCCCUUUGGUCUUCUCGGGACGGUUUUAGUGCUGGCGGUUCUGUUACAGUUCCCCUCACGUUCGUGGGCUUCAGAAACGCCCGGUAGUGGUGGUGGUGGUGCUGGCGGGGAUGCUCUUGGCGCCGGUGAGAGGUUUAAGAUCGAGGGCCGCGCGGUGGUGCCGGGGGUGAAGCCCCAAGACUGGAUUGCGGGCGGCCGAGUGCUGGUGGAUGGGGAGGAGCACGUCGGCUUCCUCAAGACAGAUGGAAGCUUCGUAGUUCAUGAUAUUCCUUCUGGAUCAUACGUUGUUGAAGUUAUAUCUCCAGCUUACAAAUUUGAACCAGUACGAGUAGAUAUUACUUCAAGAGGAAAAAUGAGAGCAAGAUAUGUGAAUUAUAUCAAAACAUCAGAAGUUGUUCGAUUGCCAUAUCCUCUUCAAAUGAAAUCUUCUGGGCCUCCUUCAUAUUUUAUAAAGAGAGAGUCUUGGGGAUGGACAGAUUUUUUAAUGAACCCCAUGGUUUUGAUGAUGAUCCUUCCAUUACUAAUCUUUGUAUUAUUACCUAAAGUUGUCAAUACAAGUGAUCCUGACAUGAGGCGGGAAAUGGAGCAAUCCAUGAAUAUGUUGAAUUCUAACCAUGAGCUGCCUGAUGUGUCAGAGUUUAUGACAAGACUUUUCUCUUCAAAAUCUUCCAGCAAGUCUACUGGCAGUAGCAGUAAAAUAGGAAAAAGUGGUGCGGGAAAAAGGAGGUAGUUGUUUCUUUUCCUGGAACCACAAUUUGCACAGCUCUGUGAUGUGUUAUCAUCUGGAUGCUCUGUGAAAGAACAGAAAGCCACUACUGUAACCUUGAUUCAGUUUGAAUUUUGAGAGGAUACAACUGUAGCUUUUUAAUCUAUUUAAAUAUCUUGUUCUUGAAAUACCCGGGCGCAUCACUUCUGUCUAAAAUAUGUAAGGUCAGUACUGAUGAUAAUUUAACUCCUUUGUAGAGAAUGACAUUAAAGAAUUUAAAUUAUGUGCAAUAUAUUAAUGAUUCUUAAACAAUACAUCACUGUAAAUAAUUUAAUUUUAAGAAAUAGAAAACAUUCUUUAAUAAUGGCAAUGGUAUAAUUGUGCAUUUCUUAAUAUUCAACACAAUUGCUACAUUUUUUUCUGGAAAAAGUUUCAGAUGUUUUCUUCCAGAAUCUUAGUUUAACUUCCUAUUUGAUUCAUUCCCAAAUUUCUUUGAUAUUUUUUUCUAUGGGAUGCUUUGAUAUUUCUCAUUAUUUAAGCCUUGUUUAGGCAAAUCCCCAGUGAUAAACACAUGUUCCUCUAUUAAUCUUACUUUUAAAAAGGAUUCCCUGAGUACCUUGUAUUGUAAGUUUAUAAAAGGUAAUACAAUUCUGUGCUGGUAUAACUAAAGAGAGCCAAUUAUUUGACAUAGUUUGUCACUACAAACUUGUAAUACAAGGCUAAUGGAAUAGCUUUUCGUGAUGCUAACAUCUGAAGAACGGAGCAAUUAUGGAUUGAUUGAGUACAAUAUUAAUACAGAGGUGAUUUAUGUAAUUAUUAGGUUUCAACUCCUUCCCUGUUCUUGAUAAAAUAAGCAAAAUAGCUGACCUAGAAGCUUAUAUCUAUUCUAUGAUUUUUAUAGUCAAGACUAGAGAAAGUUUCAGGAAAAGCAGUAAUCCCUAUUUAGUAUCUGAGAGAAAUAAUUUAUUCUGCUUUUUUUUGUUUUUUGGUAGGUGUAAUGCAUGAUAAUUAGACAUUUAUUCAAAGUCAAAAGCCACUAGUUUGCCACAGAAAUACCUUUGCCCAUAGAGCUAAGUAGACAUCAGCAAAAUAAUAGUCAUAGUCCUUUUAUCUCAGUUUCAAUUCCAGUAUCUCUAAACUUAAGUGUUUUACAGCCACCGGGGGGGGGGGGGGGAAUUGGCAGGUAGUAUUUUGCUAAGAAUAGAAAUUAAUGAAUGUAUGUCAAGGGGACAGUGCAGAAACAAAGACAGAGGGGAACCCAGCUUAGUCUUGAAUCCAAUUUCCUCAUUUCGCAGAAAAAUUUGGAAUAAAGUCAUAUUCCAAAUGUUAAUGCAAAAGUACAUCAUGGCAGCUUACAUAAUUUGGUCAUUGCAAAAUUAAUAUAUAACUGCCUCUUCCAAAAUAUUAUAUAUAUGGCAGGCUUGUUUCAUGGGAGAAUAAUUAGAUGGAGAUUUGGUCUUUUGCAUGCAAAGUUGUAGUUUGUUAAAUUGAGAUUUCACAUAAUCAAACACUUGUAUUUCUCUCAGCACUGAAAAGUUGUCCAAACAGUUAUAUGACAACAAAAACAUUAUGAAGUGUCAGAUUUGAUUCUGCUAUCCAUGAUUAUAGAUUGAAGGGUUAAAGUCAGAGGAGCCAUUCAUUCUGAAUUUUUUGACAGUCAAGUACAAAUUUUUUGUCAGAGUCAAAUACAAUUGUGUGCUGUUUUUUUUUUUCCAUUCAGUUGUGUCAAAUUCUCAGAGAUUGCCUGAACAUGUCCCUGCGGUUUUCUUGGUAAGGUUUUUCAGAAGUGGUUUGCCAUUGCCUCCUCCUAGGGUUGAGAAAAUGUGACUGUCCCAAGAUUCACCCAGCUGGCCUUUGUGCCCAGAGUGGAACUAGAACACAAUCUCCCAUUUUGUAGUUGCAAUAAUUCACAUCAAACAAGCAACUUAACAAAAUAGGAUGAAGGGAAAUUAAUUUGUUAAUCAUCAUGGUUUAAAUUUGCUUAUUCACCUCAAAAUAUUUAGCUUUUUUCUGUUUUCAGUAAUGAAUCAUUUCACUUAUGGUGGGCUGCUUUAAAUGAAGCAGUUAGUCCAAGGAAGGUUUCUUUCACACAUAUUAGAUACAUGGGGGAAAAUAUUAAUAUUCCAAUGGCAUGUAGCUAGAAAACAGUUCUAAUGGAAUACUCUCUCAAAGUAGACUGAUAAAAUGAGUGAGAAGGGACUUUAUUGGUUACCUAGUUCAAGGCUAUGUUCAACAUACGAAGUCACUAAAUCAUCCCCACUGAGUGGCCAUCUUUGAAAACCUUAAGGUGUGAGGGAAAGACCUUUCAUUGUGCCUGCCAGGCUGUUCUACUAUCUAAUAACAAAGAAUAGGUCUGUUUCUUUCUGUAUCUAGCAGCCGUUUAAAUGUAGACUUCACCUUAAUUUUCUCUUUUCCAAGUGCUUGGUUCCAGGCUUUCAGUCCUCCUAAUACCUGUCCACUGAAUUUGAUCCAGCUUCUCCAUAUUCCCUUUUUAAAAGUGCAGGGCCCAGAACUAAACACAGCACUCAAGCACGUAACAACAAAUAGUGCACUGGAACCUAUUACCUCCGGUGAUCCAAACACAAUGCUUUUAUUUAUGUCACCCAAAAAGUGCAUUGGUCUUCAUCUUCUAACAUCUUCAUCUGAUAGUUAGUACUAAAAUCUUUUUUUCACAUGCACUGUUGCCAGGCUACCUCAUCUCAAUACUGUGCAUAUAUGUAUGAUUUUGCAAGACUUUUAACUUGUUGGAUUUGACCUGGUGUUCAAGCUUGUGGAGUUCAUUUCAAACUAUAGGCUUGUUCUUUAAACUUGUUAGUUAAUAUUGCGAAUUUGGUGUUGCCUGCAAAUUUGGUUCCAUUUUUUUUCCCAUCUUCAAUGUGAAAGCCCUUCAGAAUGAUGCACGGCCAUUUUUCAAUAUCUCUUAGGUGAAGUUGUUUGAGGUGUUAUAAAUCCACUGAAACACAGUUCUAUCUAGCUCACAUUUAUCCAUCUUGACAUCUGUUGUCCAUUUCAGAAGCUGUUUAUGAGUUAGCCAAACAGUUCUUUCAGUUUAAGUAGAGGUGUAGUAGGUAUUCUAAUGAUUCCAUAUAUGAAAGAAUUUGGUUUGGGAUGAUCCAGCCUCAAACUGAAAGAGAGGUUAUGGACUGAAACACAGUUGUUCUGAGCAGUUUGGCAGGUAAUGGCAUGAAAAAGCCAAGGCACCGAGGAGAGGAAAAAUUAGAAGGAGGAUCCGAGGUGGGCAAACUGCUGAGGAAUGUCUUUCCUUUGCUGCUAAGUCCAUUGCAAUUGGAAACAGAUGAGCAGGUCAAUGGUGAAGGACAAGAGGUCUGUGAAAAUCGAGACCAACAGGCUGAUGACUUAUGCUGUCCUGGGGGAUCGUGAAUGGAGAAAGAAAGUGAUACAUUUUGCCCUACUCACCAUAUACAAAAAUUAUAGGAUCCCUCACAGUUUGUUUUCUGCUAAGCUGCAGUCUGGCAAAAUUUCAAAACAGAAUGGUUUGCUCUGGGUUCACACCAAAAUGUGUUUCCUGUUUUAUUCAUAUCCUGAUACUGGAGUGGUAUUACAGGUGAGGCACUGAAAAAAAUAUUCCAUGAAAUACAGAGUAUAAAAAGUAGGCUUAUACAAAGAAGUGAAAAUGGCUCAUUGCUUUUUAGCUUAAAAGUUGGCAAAAACAAAUGAGGUGAUUAAAGCACUUGAAAAUGCUAUUUUGGGUAUAAUUGGAAGCAUGUAUUCCCAAGAAUCCUUUCUUACCUCCCUUAGUGGGAAAAGAAAAUUAUAUUUUAUAAUGAUAAACCAUCUGAUAUAAAGUGUGGACUAGACUACCAGUGUGGACUAGACUACCAUGGUUUGUUCAAAUUAUAAUUAAAAGAAACCAUAGCUUAGUUUGCUUGAACAGCACAAGUGCACAAUUGAGAAAGAUCUGUGUCACAAAUUAAGCCAAGCCAUAGAUUGUUUUACCAUAAAUUAUUUAAUAAAUUACAGUUAACUCAGUUCAUGGAACACAUUAAGCCCAAGUCAAACAUGCAAUUAUGGAUUAUUGUAUUUCCAUGGAAGUCUUCUCCCAAGUUGUAUCCUUAUAAAGUAGAUUAAUUUAUUCACAGAAAUGCAAAAAAUGGGUUGCUUGUCACUAGGAGCACACUAGAAGCUCAUCUCAGGACACUUCUAACUUGUGGAACAUACCUGCAUUCAAAGCAUGCUGUUUCUAACUGAUAAUAAAUAAAUGAUUUCAA